AUGGCUGUCAAGCACUUCCGCUCCUGGGGUGUGCUAUCAUGGCCGACUUCCGGCAGCGCCGCGCUGACACUGGACGUGCUGGUCCGCGUGCGUGCUUGCGUGCGCGCUCCCGUUCGGAGCAUGCGCAGUGUAGCCCGGCGCUCGGCCUGGUUUCCGGUGGCGGCUGAGUGGAAAAUGGAAGAAGAUGAGGUCGCGGAGAACUGGGAGGAGGCUGCGGACAGCGGGGUGAGUGCGGGGGGCGGGGACCCCGACCUUUACCCUCUGCGUUAUAUGGCGCCAGCGUAAGCCGCAUCGCAGCACAAUGUGGAGGCCACAGCACACGGUACGGCCAGGGCUUCACCAUGGAGGGUCUGUCCCAGGAUCAGGGCUCCCCCAUGGAGGGUCUGUCCCGGGAUCAGGGCUCCCCCAUGGAGGGUCUGUCACAGGAUCAGGGCUCCCCCCAUGGAGGGUCUGUCCCAGGAUCAGGGCUCCCCCAUGGAGGGUCUGUCCCAGGAUCAGGGCUCCCCCAUGGAGGGUCUGUCCCAGGAUCAGGGCUCCCCCAUGGAGGGUCUGUCACAGGAUCAGGGCUCCCCCAUGGAGGGUCUGUCACGGGAUCAGGGCUCCCCCCAUGGAGGGUCUGUCACGGGAUCAGGGCUCCCCCAUGGAGGGUCUGUCCCAGGAUCAGGGCUCCCCCAUGGAGGGUCUGUCCCAGGAUCAGGGCUCCCCCAUGGAGGGUCUGUCCCAGGAUCAGGGCUCCCCCAUGGAGGGUCUGUCACAGGAUCAGGGCUCCCCCAUGGAGGGUCUGUCACGGGAUCAGGGCUCCCCCCAUGGAGGGUCUGUCACGGGAUCAGGGCUCCCCCAUGGAGGGUCUGUCCCAGGAUCAGGGCUCCCCCCAUGGAGGGUCUGUCCCAGGAUCAGGGCUCCCAUGGAGGUCUGUCCCAGGAUCAAGGGCUACAUAGGAAGGUCUGUGUCCAGGAUGGGGCUUUCCCAUGAGGUCUGUUGUCCCAGGAUCAGGGCACCAUGGAGGGUCUGUCACGGGAUCAGGGCUCCCCCAUGGAGGGUCUGUCCCAGGAUCAGGGCUCCCCCCAUGGAGGGUCUGUCCCAGGAUCAGGGCUCCCCCAUGGAGGGUCUGUCCCCAUGGAGGGUCUGUCCCAGGAUCAGGGCUUCCCCCAUGGAGGGUCUGUCCCAGGAUCAGGGCUUCCCCCAUGGAGGGUCUGUCCCAGGAUCAGGGCUCCCCCAUGGAGGGUCUGUCCCAGGAUCAGGGCUCCCCCAUGGAGGGUCUGUCACGGGAUCAGGGCUGCCCCGUGGAGGCUCUGUCACUGGAUCAGGGCUGCACCGUGGAGGGUCUCUGUCACAGGAUCAGGGCUGCCCCGUGGAGGCUCUGUCACUGGAUCAGGGCUCCCCCGUGGAGGCUCUGUCACGGGAUCAGGGCUCCACCGUGAAGGGUCUGUCACACAUGGAGGGUCUGUCACGGGAUCAGGGCUCCACCAUGGAGGGCUCUGGUGCAGGUUCAGGGCUCCACCGUGGAGGGCUCGGUCGCAGGCCCACACGUGUCCCGGCGUGGGAGACAGCAGGGGAUCAUAAGGGGAAGUCCCUGGGAAUGGGAGAAGAGGAGGUAUCCCUGUGAAUGGGACGGGGGAUCCCUUAAAAGCAGGUUGUGUAAAUUGGGUCAGCAGUGGAAAUCUUGGGGGAUGUAGGUUUAAAUGUGGGAUCUAUCUGAAAGUCAGGGGAAAUGGGGGAUGAAGGCAGUAGGAUGGGUGCAUUAUGGAAAUGUUGUGGGUAUCUAAAAAGCAGGUGCGGGGGAUGCAGUAAAAAUGUAGAGUGUAUCUGAGAGACUGGGAAUAGGAUGCAGGAAGUAGGAUUUGGCAGGUAGUAAGAUUGGGGAGAUAAUGGAAGGGGGUAAUACUUGAGAUGUUGGUGAUGAUCGGAUUCCAAAAUGAUGGGGGGGAGUGGGGGGCAGGAUGGAGGGAUACUAGGAGGCACUCGGUUGGUAUAGGUUGAUCAUUUUUGAGAAUGCAGGUUUUAAGUUAGAAUGGGUAUUCUGUGAGAAGCAGAUUGAUAGUCAGUUAGGAUUCUGGGAGAGGGUAGUAGGUAUGCUGUUGAGAUUCCUGGGGGUGGGGUGCUGUGUAAUUGGGUGGGUUCAGGAAUUUCGAGCAGGCUGGAUUGCCAUCGAAAUGAGGAUUUGUUUCAGGUUUACACUUUCAUACAAAGAAAAGAUCACUGUAGCAUAUUGCUGGGCAGUAGUAAUAACUAAACAAAAAAGAAAGGUAAAACAAUAUUUUGGUCGCCAAUUUUGGCACGGUUCCCAGUUCUCGAGGCCGGUGUGUCAGUAUGAGGCCUGGGUAGUCAAGUCCCUUGUGUGUUUGAGACUCUGGGCACGAAGGGUUCAAUGUUGGUCAAGUCCCAGAUGCUGCUGGAGAUUUCGGGCAGUGCUCCUGUACCUGGUUGUGCAAGUCCCAGAGCUGCUAGGAAUGUCUGCGAGUUGGCCAUCGAGUGAAGUGUAUGUGUGGCUCCAUUGUGGGUCACCACUAGGGAGCCCGUCGUUCCCCAUCUGUAAGGCAUUCCUGAGGACCGGAGGUGGGCUGUUACUGACCCCAUAGAUCUGCGCCACUGUAGGGUCGUUUUGGAGAGAUCUUGAAAAAAGUUCAAGUGUGUGCCUUUGAACUGCAGGGGUGUUUUCCCUCGUAGAGCCGCCAUGAUGUGAGCCUUGUCUGAGGUGGAGGUGCAGUGUAUGAUGACAUCCCUUGGCGUUGUGAAAGAGGAGUUAGCUGUGUUGGUGAGGCGAUAUAUCCCUGCUAAGCUGAUUUUCUUAGCCAUUGCGGGUGGCAGAAUGGAAGCCAGCAGCCUCCGUGUGUAAUGAGGUAGUUCCUCUGCUGUUGUGUCAGCCGGUACGCCCCGUGUCUUUGUUGUUGCGGCGUUGUUGGUCCUCUAUGGUAGUCACCCUCUGAGAAAGGUUAAGCUGCUGGGUGUGGAGUUGUUCUACCGAGCUGCUCAGGGUAGUAGUUUGGGUGGAAUUGAGUCCUUUCUUCGUUACAUAGUUACAUAGCUGAAAAGAGACUUGCGUCCAUCAAGUUCAGCCUACCUCACAUUUGUUUUUUGCUGUUGAUCCAAAAGAAGGCAAAAAAACCCAGUUUGAAGCACAAUUUUGCAACAAGCUAGGAAAAAAAUUCCUUCUUGACCCCAGAAUGGCAGUCAGAUUUAUCCUUGGAUCAAGCAGUUAUUACCCUACAUUGAAAGAUUAUAUCCUUGAAUAUUCUGUUCUUGCAAGUAUGCAUCUAGUAGCCGUUUGAACAUCUGUAUGGACUCUGAUAAAACCACUUCUACAGGCAGAGAAUUCCACAUCCUGAUUGUUCUUACAGUAAAAAAACCUUUCCUUUGCCUAAGACGAAAUCUUCUUCUUUCUUCCAGUCUAAACGCAUGGCCUCGUGUCCUAUGUAAAGUCCGGUUUGUGAAUAGAUUUCCACACAAUGGUUUGUAUUGGACCCGAAUAUAUUUGCUUUUAUGCAGACGGUGUUGGCUUGAAUCUCUUUUCUGAGUAGCGCCCAGUCCGCCUCCAUCAUCUUGUGUAAGUCUGAGAGGAGCAUUUUAAGGUCACCCUUGGUGGUCGGGGCUGAGCUGUUGGUUAGUUGGAGGCUCGUGGUGUGCUCAGAUGGUGGAGGGGAUGAGGUGUCCCCAUUAGCACUCCGGAGCACGAGUGCCGGUGUCUCCUCGGUCUCUCUCGGCUGUGUUGUUUUUGGUGCUGUCGGUCGUUGGAGCAUAACCCCAAUGUACCUGUCGGGUUUUUGCGAUUGGCGCCCCAUUGGGUGUGUGUGUGUGUGUGUGGCUGUGGCGUCAUUAGGCAGGAGACCGACUCACUUGUGUCGUGUGCCUCCAGUAGGCAGUUGAUGAGGUUGUCCAGACCUCGUAUCUGUGGAGCGUAGAAGGCCCCAGUUUUGCGUUUCGGUUUUGUGUGUCUCGGUGUGAACGAGAAAGGCAUCAAUCGACGCAGUCCGUUGCCCAGCUUACGGUACUGCGGUUUAUUUCAGUGUUGAUCGACGUGGUUUUACAAUUUUCAGUGAGAUUUAGGAGGUAGAUGAGGAGUUAGAAAUGGCGUCUGCUCGGCUCCAGUGUUAACCCCGCCCCCUAGAUUUAAAAUCCCCUGCUAUGUUAAUAGCUUGCUAGACCCUGCAAGAGCCCCCUGUAUGUGAUUAAAGUAAAAUUUACAGAGCGAGAGAUAAAAUUGUUUAAGGUAAAUUACAUCUGAUUGAAAGUGAAACCAGUUUUUUUUUUUUGUUUUGUUUUUUUUUCAUGCAGGUUGUCUCAAUCAUAGCCAGGGGAGGUGUGGCAAGGGCUGCAUAAACAGAAGCAAAGUGAUUUAACUCCUAAAUGGCAGAUAAUUGAGAAGUAAAACCUGAGAGGCAUGAUCUAUACACUAAAACUGCUUCAUUAAAGGGACUCUCCAGUGCCAGGAAAACAGAUUAGUUUUCCUGGCACUGCAGGACCCUACAGUGUCCCCUCCCUCCCACCCCCUAUCUCAAGUUGCUGAAGGGUUAAAACUCCUUCAGUGACUUACCGGAGUCCGGUGCUGGGUCAGGCUCUGCCUACUCUCCUGACAUCGGCGGGGAAGACCUAAAAUGCAUGCGCCGCAAUGGUCGUGCACGCGCAUUAGACCUCCCCAUGGGAAAGCAUUAUUCAAUGCUUUCCUAUGGGGAUUUCGGCGACGCUGGAGGUCCUCACAUAGCGUGAAGACAUCCAGCGUCGUAUAACACACAUUUCGUGUUCUAAGAACACAGGAGUCCCUCUAGUGGCUGUCUAUCAGAGGACUUAACCCUGCAAGGUACACAGACCACUCCAGUGUCCCUUUAAGCUAAAGUUAUUUAGGUGACUAUAGUGUUCCUUUAAUAUAUCUUCAUUUGGAUUACAUUACAUGUGAAUGCUAGCUAUUUUCUUAAUGUUUCUUUUUCCUUCAGCAUCUGAGAUGGAAAUCUAAUUUGUACAUCCACCUUAUGGUCUGAAUUAUUCCCUAAACCAUUAACACCCCUCUGUCUAGUGCUAUGACCCUUUCCUUAGAGUGUCCACUGUGUUUGUGUUGUCUAUAUGCGUGUUGUUAUAUUUAUUGCUCUGUAUGUGUUCUCCAUUGCAAUCCGAUUCCCAUUCAAGCUUAAUGCUCAUUGAUUGAAAGUGAAAGUUCUCCCUCCUAACAGGCAAUAAAAUGCUACAUAGUCUAAUCUUCCAGUAGCUGGGGUUAGUAAAGCAGGUUGCUUCCUGUAAUUAUGUUUAAAAUGUAUGGUUUGUUUAACCCAUUCAUUUCUGUUUUGAAUCCGGUCAGUAUAAAUCUUGUUUCUUAAAAUGUUACAUAUUUGGCUACUGACUAACUGUCUUAGUGUUUGGUUCUUGCACAGUUUCCUUGAUGUUCAUGGAAGCUUAUAAAAGUGAGCAAUGAUCAUGCAAAACCCCAUUACCUUCAGAGUUAACUCCUGCUCUGUAAAUUGAACUUAAAUCACACACAGGAUGCUUGUGCAGGUUCUAGCAAGCUAUUAACAGAGCAGGAGAUGAGAAAUUCUAAAUUCAACAGAAUUUGCAAUAAAGGGAGGGUAAAUAUUAGAUGACUCUUUACAGGAAGUGCUUAGGAAGGCUGUGCAAAUCACAUGCAUGGAGGCGUGACUAGAGCUGCAUAAACAUUGAUUUUACUCCUAUAUAACAGAGAAUAGGCCAGUGAGACUGCAGGGGCAUGAUCUAUACACCAAAACGGUUUCAUUAAGCUAAACUUGUUUUGGUGACUAUAGUGUCCCUUUCAUUAGAUCCAUUCCAGUUGUGGUGGGUUUUCUGAGCUAAAUUGUGCUACAUAAGUUGAAGAUUGAGCUGUAAACACACAAGAUAUAAAGUAAUUGAGGCAUUUUGAACAUGCACUAUUAAAGGUACAUUUCUAUUAGUCACACUUUAUUGCACAGGCAUUGUGGUAUGGAAAAUGACCUAAUUUGAUCUAUACAGCGCACAGCUAAAUGACAUGUAAUGCAUGUAUCAAGGUCCAUUGUAGUAUAAGGUUUUUUUGGGAAGGCUUGAUGGUUCUCCCCUCCUUUUCUCAAUAUAGAGGUAUAAACUACAUAACCUCUACAGUAGGUAUUCCUGUUUCCACAAAGACUAGUGUUCUUAUCUGUAUUCGCAAUAUGCCCUGAUAACCCAAAUAUCAGACGUGAAUUCACAUAAAGAGCAGAUUAUGCAUUAAAGAGUGUGGUAUUUAAAUUGGUGUUAAAUGUACUAUUCCACUUCACCAUUUUAACGAUGUAUGUUAACUUUGGGUUUUUGGAAGACUAUAUAGAUUAAUCUAUGGCUUGUAGGCAGUUAUUAAUACCCUCCACGCAGCAGGGAACGGAUUGCUGAGCGGCUGCCAAAGCUUGCUGCAAGCCAUGGUGGGAUCAGGUCACCCACAUUCCUCGGAAACGUGGCGGUCUAUAUCUGAUGCUGAUCCCAGGAAGGGGACAGAUUUUAAAAUGCUUCAUCAGCCAUAGUACUUCUGGUAGCUUGUUUGAAAGGUCAGCAAUAUCUUAUUUUAAUAGCUUUAAUAUGAUGUCCCAAGACAAGUACAGGUGUAGAUACACAUCAUACAGCUUGCUCUUUAUCCAUUUUAAAUAAGGGUGUUAAUAAGCUGCUAGCAAGGAUGUGAAUUAAUAUAAAUGAUCUAUUUCAAACCAAAGCUUUAUUCUGAUUGGCUUCUCGAUGUUCUAAGCAGCAGGCGUAGGCAACCUUCAGCACUCCAGAUGUUUUGGAAUGCACUUCCCAUGAUCCUUUGCCAGCAUUAUGGGUGUAAGAGAGUUAUGGGAGUGGUUGUUCACAAUAUCUGGAGUGCCGGUGGAAUCUAAGCUAAUCAGAAUAUGGCUGGAAUUUAAACUCUGUAGCAGAGAAGGCUGCAAUUAGCCACUAAAAGUAUAAAAUAGGUUUGUUCCAUAUCAUAAAUUUAGGAGAUGCAGUGCACCAACAGCAUGUUGAUCAGUUUGACAUCGGUGGUCUUUAUAUAAAUUUACAGAUUUGUUGCAAUUUGGGAAUUAAUGAUUAGAUGCAUGGCGGAAUACAUUGUGUUUUAGAUAUGAGGCAGGUAAUUGGAGAAAGGCAAUCUUUAUGUAUUCAUAAAUAUUGAGAUUUAACCCCUCUACUGCAGGCUAGCAAAUUGUCAUGCACAUUUUGUCGUUCACUGACACUCUUAGCCUUAUGAAUGGCUGACAGAAUCGCCACCCAACUUCUGAAUUCUGCUUCAGAGCAGGCCAGCAGCCAGACAGGUCCCUGGUAAGAGGGUUUGCCCCAUUAUUAGGGACCAGGGCUUACAGGGCACACUUAGUGAUUAUGAUGUUUGAGGAAAUACAGUUAACUGGUUUAAAGGGUUACUCAAAAUGUAUUGUGUGCUCAAAGAUAAAUAGGCCCUGUUGUGUAAAUGAAGGAUUCUAUUGGUAGAUUAAACAGUAUUUUUGUUUUUACCCCUCCAGGAGAUAGACAGACGGUUGGAAAAGAAGCUAAAGAUCACUCAAAGAGAGAGGUAAGAGAAGAAACAUCUUGGCUAAUUUGGGUAAUGAUCAUAGUCCUCUAGACACGGGUAUUAUCAAAUAACAUUAUAUUGGAACUGGUAUUGUUCGUUUGGAGACGGCUCUCACAUUCCAGAUUCCAUUGUGGAUUGCACUCUCUUAUGCAAAUAUGCAGGGAUUCUGUCUAGAGUUGCUAAAAAAGGAUGUUAUUUUUGGAACUUUUGACAUAAUGCACGUGUGGACUAGCUGUAACCAGCAUCGGCUCUUCUUUUCAGCAAGUCAAAGUCUCCACCUAAAACUCCCGUGGUGAUCCAAGACGAUUCCUUGCCAGCUGGACCUCCUCCUCAGAUCCGAAUACUAAAGCGACCUACGAGUAACGGCCUGGCAAGCAACACCAAUGCCAGCAACCGACCUGCACUGCCUGUUAAGUCUCUGGCACAGAGAGAGGCAGAGUACGCAGAAGCUCGGAAGCGUAUUUUAGGAAGCGCCAGCCCAGAGGAAGAGCCGGACAAACCUGUAGCAGACAGGUAAUUUUUUUUUCUGGAGUAUGGACGCUCUUGAAAACCUGAUGCCUGUUUAUUGAUUUCAUAUACCACUUAUCUUGCUCUUUGUGCACUCGAUUCUAGCUGUGAGCUUUCAGUUAAUUUAGUCUAUGCUGAGACUUGGCUGUUUGUUAGAAUUCUGGAUAUUGGUCUCUGUUCUGCCAUAGACAUUUCAAUUUGUGUACAUAAAGGUGGCACAUUGAUCAGCAAUAACAUGCGCCCUGGUACAUUGUAGAAUUCCUCACAUUUAAUUUUCAGAUAUAGUCAAAUCAUUAACCAUGUGUGAGAGGAGUAAUUUUACAACAAGACUUUGGAAUAUUCAGUUUAGCUUGUAUGAACACUAGGCUGUGGACAUUUGCAAAAGCAAAUUUUACAAAUCCCUUUAACUUUUGAAGGAAAAGUAGAUUCUAAAUCAAAUCAAUUGAUUGUGUGGUCUUUGUAUAGUAGCGUAAUGCACAUUUCCAAAAUGUCACUUCUCUCUGCAUAGCCCGUGUGCACAGCAUCUUGGGAACAUGGUGGCUCUUUUCACCUGUUAAGGGCAGCAAAAUUGAGUUUUCCUUCUUCUGUUUGUUGCCUGCCCUACUCCAGUAUAUACUUCAGUAGCCUGUAUUGGGGCAAAUGAAAGGUGAACUAUCCAUAACUCAAAGGGGACGCAUGGUUGGUCUCUGGAAAUGAGGAAGAUAUCAGAAAUAGUCUAGCAAAGUGCAGCAUCAAUUCCAAGGAGGCUGGUAGUUCUUGUUCUAUCUCCUCCUUUUUUGUGGUGGCCUGUAUUGUCUUCCAGUGUGUCAUGUCCCAUCUCCUAGAGAGGGGAAAUCACUUUUGCCUAGAAUUUCGUCUAGCUCCCAGAACAAAAAAAGCUAAAAAUCCUGCAUUAUUAUGAGGGGAUAAAGCGAAGGGGCGGUAUUAUAUUACAAUCCUGUUUUUAUUGGUAUAGAUGUAAGUGCUUCAUGCUUUCUCCUAGGACAGCGAGAGUCAAUCAGCCUGAGGACAUCAGACAGCCUAACAAUGUGAUCCGACAGCCACUGGGUCCAGAUGGAUCACAAGGCUUCCUACAGCGCAGAUAGAUGUGACGGAGCACCGCUGCCAAGGGCUGUGCUGCCCUGUUACACCAAUGGACCUGAGCAGAGGGGGACCACCUCAUUUACUUGCACUUUGAUGCCCUUUUUGCUCUGCCCACUGUGACCUUAAACCCUGUGCACUGUGACCCCCCCUCCCGCCACGCCUCUAGCUCCGACCACUGUGAUUGGCACAUUGCCACAGGCAACCUUGGCGCUUUACACAAGGGAAAGCGUGUGCAUGUGCAAAAUAGGCAGGGAGGGUGGUGCGGAAAUAAGCCACAUAUAGAUAGAGAAGGGGGUGCCACGUGCCUGCGACUGCCACUUCUGUUGAAGUUACCGCCAGCAAUAAUGUUAACAGCAUCUCCAGGGAGGGAAGUGGGUCCACAAGCCCCCCCCCUUUAUCACAUAUAUUUUCUUAAUGACUGCCUGCCUCAUUACUAAGAAUUUCCAUUUCAAACAGCUUCCUUCGGUUAUGAUGUACUGUGCAUGGAGGGGGUUUUAGAUGUCUAAGACAAAGCGCUUUGAUUUAACUGCAGAAAUUAGAUUGUAGUUUUCUUAACACCGCAAACCAUAGCAGUGAAAUGGCUUCAUUGCACAUACUGGUAUUGACAGACAGUGAUGGGGUAAAGCCAGCCCUCCAGUGUUUGGCGUUUCAGGGCCUGUAUUAAGAAAGCUUUUGAAGCUCGUUCCCUCUGCAGUGGCUUCAGGAUGUUUGAGUGCAUUAAGCUUGGCUAGACAUGCCCGCGUGUGUGAGUGUGAGAAGGGGCAGGUGUGCAUGAGCUAUUAACCAGCAUGGCUUGCAAGCUGGGUGGCAGAAACCACUCAGGAGAACCCUUUGCUACAGUAUUCUGCUGGUCUGUUCUGUCAUCUGUCUUGGACUGAAGGAUUCUGGGACAACAAUGUUAGGAUGAAGACUUGAUCCAUGAUGCCUGGGCUCUUCCUAGAAAACAAAGAUGUGGAAUAUGGAAAUCAAUUGCUGAGUGUCCUGUGCUCCCAGGCAUUCUUGUCGCUGAAUUCCAGCCUUUUCCAGCACAGUUUGUCGCAAUGGAGUUGGCCCAGAACUGUUCCCUUGCCAUAUCUGCUGGGUCCCAACCUUCUGGGCUAUUCUCCAAUAAAUGCAGUAAUUAAUUUGAAGGGAGACGUAAGCCCGUAGGGAACUUUUACUAUUUUGCAAAGCGAACUCCUUGGGCCCGGGUUCACUAGUAUGUGUAAAGACCUCUAAGGGAUGUGGAUGUAACUCUGAAGCUAUCAUGGCUGUCAGCAGCUGUGACAUGGAUGUAGAGCUGUUCUUUCUGGUUCUAGCUCAGUGCUGUAACAAAAUAUAUACAUUAAUUUUAGAAAUCAGAACAUUGGGAACAAACCAUGUUAAAUAAAGUUGAAGGAAAACAUGCCUCUUACGCAGUAUUUUAUAUGGUCAUAUCACUUGCACUUCAAACUAAACCUCUCUGGGUUAUGUGUAUUGAUUUAAUAAAACCUCUCACGGGGAUUCCCGUCCCUUUUUUGUUCCUGCAGGUAGAAUGUCUGAAAUCCAAAUAUGGCAGCAUGAUGAGUGUUACUAUUGAACACACUCAGUCACAGCCUUUAGCUUGAAAUCUAGAAGCAAGGGGCAGUUACUUUUUAUUUAUUUUUAUUUAUUUUUUUUCUCUAUUUUAACUGGAGAUUUUUUUUUUAUUUUUUUUUUACAUUGGAUGUGUAUAAAUGAAAUAUGUAUGUUACCUAUAUCUCCAGGUAGGUUUACACUGUGUGUUCCUUUACUCUUACAUUAUGAGUGCCUUUAAGUAGUAGGCUGUAAGAGCCCCCCCCCCCCUUUUUUUUCCCGUAUAUAAAUCUACCCAACUCCGGUUACGGUUCUGAAACAUUCAUAUGCAUUUCUAUGUAAAUGCUACAUGUUUGUCUUAGAAAAUCAAGGUUUUUAUCUUUCUAUUCAAGUAAGUGAUAUGUGCAGCUUAGCUGGAACCUUCCAAAUCAUGUAACAAUUUUUAAGCUAAUGUUUGAUAGUAUUUUUUAAUUAGGGUGAUGUACUGGCAGCUCAGCACUUCCCAAUAUUGUAACUCUAGUGGCUCACCUGCUCCAGCGAGCUUAAGGUGGUAGAUGCACAGGGCAGCUCUUAGCCAAUAAGGAACAAACUCUUGCAGGAUCACUCGAUUACGUGGAGUGCUUAAAUCUCUGCUCCUGCUGUAAUGAGGGGUAUUCCAUUAUUCCAAUAAAAGCCAUUAUAGCAUUUUCUUAAAGUAUCAUGUACUCUGUGGUUUUUGGUGGUUUUUUUUUGGGGGGGGGGUUUUUUUUUGUUUAGGUAAGGGGGUUUUCUUCUCCAAUGCAUAUGUUUUAACAAUACGUCCCUCUUUUACCAGUAACUAUAUGUAAAGAAAAGCGUGCAAAGUCUGCUGUUCUUUCAUAAUGUGUCCGGUUACCAGCACAGACCGUGCCAUGUGAUAGCGUAGUUUAAAAUGUUCUCCCCAUCAAAGAUUCCCUAAAAUAAAAGUUUUUCAAAUUGUACUUCUUUUUAUCUACUGGGUUUUCAGUUUGUUAGCCACUGGAAAUGUUCCUGUGUUGUUUCAGCCAAGGGUGUAGAAUAUGAAAUGGGGGACUGCACCUCCUAGGAUUAAUAUUCCGUUUAAUUAUUGCUUUUAUUAACAAAUCUGCAUUUGUGACAUGUGAGAAAUAAAAUUCAGUUGUUUUAUCCUGCACCUGGGUGCCUCCAUCUUGGCUCCCUGUCAUUCAUAUUAUAAGCUCUGUCCUUUGCAUCGGACAGUCAGUGUAGAGAAACUAUAUUGACUAACAAUAUUUCUGAUCACACCCCCUCUUCGUUUUGCAAUGUUUUCCUUGUCUAG